UCUUCGGGAAAGUUAAAGAAAAAAAGGGAGGAAAAAUGGUUACUACACGGCAAACGAAGGCCAGAGUCACAACAGCCUUUCACCGACGGCCACAACCGGAGCCAGAUUCUUCGGUCAAGAAGUUCUUCAAGGUGGUUUUACCCUCAACAGUGAAGAGAAACAUGCUGAUGAUUCCACCAAGAUUUGUGAUACUACAAGGGUCUACACUCUCUGAAUUCGUUACAUUGGAGACUCCUGUAGGAUUCAGGCGUUCCAUAAAGCUUAAACGGAUAGGUGAAGAGAUUUGGUUACAGGGCGGUUGGAGUGAGUUUGCAGAGGCUCAUUCCAUCAGCGAAGGCCAUUUUCUCUUCUUCGACUACAAAGGAAACUCAACUUUCAGUGUAAUGAUCUUCAAUGUUUCGGCUUGCGAGAUCGACUAUCCACUGGAUGCAGUUCAUAUCAGUGACAGCGACGAUGAGGUGAUGGACGUUACAGACGAAGGGUUUCUUGGAACUCAAGGUACAAGAAGAAAUGAUCAGGGUGGUGGUACAAACCCCAAGAAGAGACCAAGAGACGAUGAGUUUGAUAAGAUUCUAAAUGAUGUUGAUGAGAUCAAUUCAAUCAAACUGCUUGAGGAAGAAGAAGAAGGCAAGAGAGUCUUCAGAGGACAACAGUUCUUCUAACAGAACAGAGACCUUGCAUGUGUUUCUGUUGUGUAAUGUAAAAUAUUCUACUAAAUGAAACUUGAACUGCGAAUUAGUUUCUGAUCUAAACAAAGCUGUAACCAGGUCUUGUUUUGAUCCUU